GGCGGCCCCACCGAGCCCCCCGGCCAUGGCCCCGGGGCCCCGCCUGGCGCUGCUGGCGGUCGCCCUGCUCUGCGCCCCGGUGAGGGGUGACGGGGACCCCCCGGAUCCCGUGUUCCUGCCGGCGGAGCUGGAAGUUCUGGGGGUUCCCGAAUAUUACCGGCUGCAGCGGGUGGACCAGGACGUGCCCCCCAACUCCUCCCUGCACUCCCGCUCCGAGACAUUCCUGCUGCUCCGGCACCGCGCCGGCUCCCAGGCCCUGCUCCAGGCCACCUACCCCCCCUUCAGCACCCGCCAGGAGAUUCUCAUGGAGAGCCCACCCGGCUCGGCGUCCUGGGCCGUCCGCGCCGUGUCCCUGGAGAGCUCCGUGUCCCCUGCCGAGCCUGUGGCUCGCGUCCUCUUCUAUCUGCACGGGCCCGACUGGAUGCCUGGGAAGCGGGAUCACCUCGAGGUUCGGGACCACCCCGGGGUUCAGGAUCAUGCCAGGGAGCGGGACCACCCUGAGCAGCGGGACCACCCUGGAGACCGAGACCACCUGCGGCUCCGGGAACAUCCUGGGGUCCGGGAUCACUCCAAGGUCCAGGAUCACCCCAGGAACCAGGACCACCCUGGGAACCAGGAGUCCCUCAGGAAACAAGACCACCCUGGAGUCCGGGAUCAUCCCAGAGACUGGGAUCACCCCAGGGACAGAGACCACCCCAGGGACUGGGACCACCCUGGGGUCCGGGAUCACCCCGGCACCUGGAACCAACGCACACAGCAGGACCACCCCCCGAAGGACCGGAAUCCCCAGAAAGACUGGGAUCACCCCGGGGCUCAGGAGCUGCCCUGCGUCACCCUGCACGCCCACCACCGCGGGCGGGUGGCCCGGGGCUCCUGUCACCUGCAGGCCCCCCUGGGCGUCUGCGUGGUGGAGCUGGAGAUCCCCCAGCGCUGGUUCCUCCCGGGACCCCAGCGGAGCCGGCGGAAGGACGGGGACACCCCGCACCCCCCCGAGCCCCCAGAGAGCCCCAGGAGCCCCGAGGCGGCUGAGCUGCGCUACAGCGUGGGGGGUCCGGGGCACUGUGGGAAGGGGGACGCGCCGCGGUUCCUGGGGACGCUGGAGCUGCGGGCGGGGGAGCCAGAGCGGCGGCAGGAGGUGCAGCUGGACGACAAGGUCCUGCUGGGCGUCCCCGACGCCACCCUGCGCCCCGGGCAGAGGUUCAGGGCCACCGUCGCCCUGAGGAACAACUUCACCGCCCACGCCCUGACCCUGCGGAUCAAGGCCAAGAAGGGGCUGCAGGUGGUGGCCGCCCAUCCCGCCAUUCCCAGCGCCUGGAGCGCCCACCUGGAGCAUUCCCGUGGCCCCAAGCACUCCCUGGCCGUGGUGACAUGCCGGCGGAUUGGGGACACCCCUGGCAGCGGGAGGGUAUCCGACUCGGCGGCGUUCCUGCACCUGGAGCUGGUGGUGGAGAACGGGACUGGAGGCCCGGCACGGCCUCUCACCUGGCAGGUGGAGUAUCCCGGCCAGGAUCCUGAAUCCCAGAAGGACAAACUGGUGUGGGAGAUCCAGGUGGCGGAGCGGGAAAUCCGCGCCCUUGUCCCGCUGGUCCAGGAGCUGGAGAUCCUGAACACGGCCCCGCUGACGGGAAUCCCGCGGGUCAUCCCGGUGAAACUGGUGGCUGUGGAAGCGGGAGGCGGCGUGUCUGAGCUGGCCGAUCCUGUGGGAUGCGAGUCGGCCGACAAACAGGUGCUGCAGGUGUCGGAUUCCUGCGACGCCGUGUUCGUGGGGGGCCGGGAGAGCCGGGGGGCACGAGGGGCCCGCGUGGAUUUCUGGGCACGGCGGCUGCACGCCGAGCUCACCUUCUCCGUGUGGGCCCCGCUGCUCCCGCUGCGCGUCCAGCUGGGAGACCCCGCCCUGGAGCAGCUCCGCGGCUGGAGGCGGCCCGAGAAUCCUGAUGGCUCCCCGAUGGAGGCCGAGGAGGCGCCGGAGGAGCCGGAGCGGCGGGCGCGGAGCUGCCGCCCGCAGUUCCAGCGCACGGGGCUCCGUGUCCUGGCCCACUUCGUGUCCCACCCGCCGGACGGGGGCCGCUCCCUGUCCUACCUGCCCGGCCCCGAGUGGCUCCUGGACGUCACCCACCUGGUGGCCCCCCGGACCCGCGUGCAGGACCCCCGGGUGGCCUCGCUGGAGGGGGGGCUCGUGGUGGUGGGCCGGGAGCCCGGGGUCACCUCCGUGGAGGUGCGCUCCCCGCUCUCCGACUCCAUCCUCGGGGAGCAGACGCUGGUGGUGUCCGAGGACAAGGUGACAGUGACGGAGCUCCGUGCCCAGGUGGUGGCAGGGCUCUCCUUGUCCCUCCGGACACACCCGGAGCACCCCGGCGUGGUCACCGUCACCGCCCUGGGGACACCCACCCUGCGCGCCCUCAAGCAGGAGGCCACGCUGUCCGUCUGGCUGUCCUUCUCCGACCGCACGCUGGCCCCGCUGGAGCUCUACGGGUGGCACGACGUGGCCUUGGCCGUGACGUCCAUGGAUCGCUCCGUCGCCACCGUCGGGGGGUCUCCCGGCGUUCCCGCUUCCCACCCGUGGGUGGUGGCGGAGGGGCCGGGCCGGGGGGCUCUGCUCCAGCUCGCCCUGCACCCCCCGGACCCGUGCCGGCGCGGCCGGCAGCGCGCGGCCCCGCUGGCCACCGGCACCGCCUGGCUCGAGGUGGGACACCCCCCGACCCCCGGGAGCCCCCGGCCCUUCCCGCGGGCCGAGGGGGCCAUGUCCCGGGAAGCGGUGACCGUGGGGCGCGGGGGGGACCCCGCGGGCGUGGGGCCGGCGGCCACCAAGUUCCAGGGAUCCUCCUCGGAGGAGGAAGAGGAGGAAGGAGGUUACGGACGCAACCGCGCAGAGGGGGAGCGGCAGGAGGAGGAGGAGGAGGAGGAGAUGGUGAAGGCUCCGGAGCGGGUGACCGACCUGGAGAUCGGGAUGUACGUCCUGCUGGGAGUGUUCUGCCUCGCCAUCUUCAUCUUCCUCGUCAACUGCAUCUUCUUCGUGCUGCGCUACCAGCAGAAGGAGCUGCCCGAGCCGGGCGGGGCCCCCGCGGCCCCGCAGCCCCACAACUGGGUCUGGCUGGGCACCGACCAGGAGGAGCUGAGCCGGCAGCUGGAUCGCCGGGAGCCGCCGCGCCGGGAGCCGGAGCCGCCGGGUGCGGGGUGCGGCUGCGGGGGCUCGGCCGAGGACGGGGCUCCCCCCGAGCCGCCCGUGCCCCGCAAGGAAGGGGCGGCCCCGGGCGGGGGCGGCCGGAGGAAGCGGGUGGAAUUCGUGACCUUCGGCCCCCCCCGCGCCCCCGAGGAGCCCCCCCCGGCCGCCCCCCACGUGCAGUCCAUCCUGGUGGCCAGCGAGGACGACAUCCGCUGGGUCUGCGAGGACAUGGGGCUGCGGGAUCCCGAGGAGCUCCGGAGCUACAUGGAGAGGAUCCGCGGCAGCUCCUGAGCCUGGGGAACCCCACGAUUCCCGGGCAAACCAGUAAGGGACCGACUUCCUCCCCGUGCCGCGCCGGGGGGACACCGAUCCCGGUCCCACGCGCGCCGGGAAUCCCCAGCGACCCGACCGGGAGGCCGAAGGAAGGGCCUCCAGAGGUUUUGGGAUCCCGGCGGCUCCGGGGAGGAAUUUGGGAUGCCCUUACUGCUUUGGGUCUCAUUGCGACAUGGUGUUCAUAGUGCUGAUGAUGAUGAUGGUGGUGGUGAUUC